AUGCCGACACUCACUCGGCAGUGUCAGCUUUAUGGAUUCCCCCCUGCUGGUGGCUUCACCCUGGAGGUGUCGGCUACACUGAAGGGCGAAGGUGGUCCGAAGGUCAUAUUAUUAAUGCAGCGAUCGGCACUCCUGGCCUCGGCGGCUCUUCGGGUGAUGCACCCGGAGUUGUAUUGGGCUUCGGUCACCACACAGAUGAAACUCGCUCGAUGGGCUAUGGAAAAUGAGCUUGAUGGCAUGUAUGCUCGUCUGCAACUUUGGGCCUCGGUGUUCAACUGCGCAGCUGUCAUGUGUAACAGGCAAUGCCCUCUUCACCAAGAUCCUAGAUCUACUCCAGAAGGGUUCGACGUCAUGACCAGUGUCGGCCAUUAUUGCAAUGGCCUCAUGACGCUGUCCAAUCUCGGCAUUCAGUUGCGAUAUAACUCCGGUGCCAUGGCCAGCUGCUCUGGACACAUUUUCAGGCAUGGCAUCACAUUCAGGGGUGAUUGGUUUGUGUGGGCAUGGUUCAUGUGCGAUAGCCUUCACAAUUUUGUGGGGACACCUUGGUCAGAGUAUGCAAAAUACAAGGAUGUAGAUUGGGAUGUCUCGGUUUCAGCUUAG